UGAAUCGUAAACACUUGUCAACAUCAAUCAUAAAGGCGGAAGAAAUGGCGGCUUUGUUUUGGUGAAGUCUUGUGUGGUUUGUUUGUUACAAAACGAUCUCGAUAUGCUUCACAGAUAAUAUAUCUCAAAUAAUGAAAAGACACCUGCUAUUAUUGUUCCUGCCCUAUUCACAUGGUUACACCUUACUUUCCAAAAUGCGUUAUGGAUGUGGUUUUGAGUUAUGCUCAAAAUUUUGCUGGAAACGCUAUUGUUGUCAAAAGUCUACCAAUUUAGAAGUUGAUGAACCAGACGAAGUUAACGACAACAUGGCCAACGCAAACUGCGAGGCAACAGAAAUUCUUCCCUUUCUUUUCCUUGGAGGCCUUGGAAAUCGAACAACAGAAUUUUUAAGUGGGAAGAACAUCACUUCAAUUGUUAAUGUUAGUAACAUGGACCCAAACAAGAUAGAAGGAUGUAGCCAACCCUACGAUAUAAAAGAGUUGGUAAUUCCAGUAGGCGAUGCAGGAGAAUGUGAUCUUAGCAUAUUUUUUGAGUCUGUGGGGCAGUUGAUUGAUGAAGCAGAGAAAGGCAAUGGUCGUAUUUUGGUGCACUGUGCUGCGGGUAUUAGUAGAUCAACUACUCUGGUUCUAGCUUAUCUUAUGAAGUAUAAAAACAUGGAAUUGAAAAAGGCCCAUGAAUUUGUAAAGUCGAAGCGUCGCAAAGUUAAGCCUAACCCAGGAUUUUGGAGUCAGCUGAUCAAAUAUGAGUUUAGCUUGUUUGGGAAGAAUACAAUCUAUAUGGUGGAAACUGAAGAAGCUACCUCAGAUGAAUCAGCCAACGAACAAACUGCACUAAUUCCGGAUAUAUAUAAAUCCGAGAAAACGAGUCGAAAACUAGAAUUGGAAAGAUACGCGGAAAGAAAGUAUACCAAUGGCAUGGAAUCUUCUAAGAGGGUGUAGUAACUGAAAAAUCGAAAAUGUUCCUAGGCUCGUCGCUAGCUAUUGUGUUCAAGGGGGUUUUCAAUUUCCAUUUGCCGACAAAGUGGAUGAGCCAUUCUUUAUUUGCCGACAAGUUUGGAAAUUUACCGACUAAGCAACCCUAGACGACCAAAAAUUCUUCAUUUUUACAAUGGAAUAUUCUUCAAAGGGGUGUCACAACCCACACGCCUCCAAAUAGCGACGGGCCUAAAUAUUGAUAUAUAAGCGUAAACUAUAUAAUACAUAUACAUCGUGUUUUAGUGUUAAGACAUAUACUUGGGAGUGUGCUUAUAGACUUUAGUUAUAUCAUAGGAUAUUUCUUAAUUAAUGAUUUUAUAGUUGUGAAAGUACAAGGAAUUUAGAUACUUAUGAAACUUUGCUUUUAGAAUCAGAUAUGUACUGUAACAGUGUAGACGCGAAGUCACGCUAUUUUCUUGGGAGGCAGAUAAUUUAUCAUUAAUAUUAUCGCAAACAUUUUUGUCAUUUAUGCUAUGUUUCGGGUAUUAUCAAAACAUAUAGUUUUUUAAUAUAAUUUUAUUUGGAUGACAUCGCAUCGUUUUGAAUAAUCUGAUUAAUUUCUUUCAUCAAAUAUAUAAUGGGGUUAUUAAGGGGUUAUUAACGAAGGGGUAUUUUUACUAAUUGUUUUUGAAUUUUUGUUGUAGAUCAAUAUUUGAAGUAAUUUAUUUCAUCAUAGUGACGUUUAAAUUUAUGAUCAGAAUUUCCGUAGAAUUUCAUUAUUUUAAGGGAUUGUUCACAUAUAAUGUCAGUCAUAUUUUGUCUCCACGAUACCUGUCCCCUUCGGCAGUCUCUACAGCCCCCUUUUCCUUCCACCUUUCAACCGGAAUAUAAAAGGCAUCUGUAACUUGAGAGGGGAUGAUGUUUGAAAGGGCGCUGAUCAUGAUAACGAUUCACCAAGGGGUUCUGGCAAAAUUUUACCUUUGUAGCAAAUAUUCAACCUCAAAGGGGCGCUAUCUUCUCCUGAAAGAGCACUCGCAAAAACUUGCUUUACCCGCGGGCUUCUACGUAUCUGUCUACUGAUGGCAAAUGUGAACGUUCCCUAAGCCAGUACACUCCCUGUUAGAAUUUAACUAUAUUUUUGAUACAGUAGAUUUUUUUCGAGGUAGAUGAUUUUAUUGCUAGAGGGUUUUGUUUAUAGUAUUAUACUAGGUUUUAGGUAAAGAUCUUGAUUACCGUAUAUGGGAUAGAUUACAGAUAGGGAGUUUUUUUUCAUUUACUCGUGUGUAUAAACGCCCCAGUAAAAUAUAUAUUAGCUUUAAGCCAAAAAACAUAGAGUAAGUAAGGCUUUAGAUAGAUAAAUUUCGCCCUUCGCCCCUGUUUUUUUGAAAAAGAUCACUCAGUUUGAAAUGAAUUUUGAAAGUACCAAUUUGUCAUUAUAAGAUCCCACUUGUGAGAAGCCUUUACAUUCUUCUUCCUUGUAAUUGUUUCUACAUACAUAGUCCUUAGAUAAUUAGAAAUUGUACGACUGUCCCUUAACAUAGUCCUUAGAGCUGCAUGCAGAGUAAAACUUACAUAUGAAACGUGAUUAGAGACUGUCAAAAAUUCUACUCUUAGUUUGUCCUGGAACUCUUUGUAAGUAUUUUUGUAAGAAACAUUUUAGUGGGAAUAUAUUGCAAUUCGCUGCUUUCAGCAUUAAGAUAAUAACACAGGAUAUAUAAAGUGUAUUGAUAAGAGUUUGUAUUGCCUAUUUAACCUAUGCAUAUCACGAUUUAGCUUUUUCUUGUUUUGGAAGGAAGGCUUCUAAUGUUAGCGAGGCCUAUUGAGCAACAUAUAUUUAUAGUCUUCUUGAUAA